AUGUACUCUUCUACCUUGAAUGCGGGUUCGAUUCGGAAGAAGAAAAAGUCGCGCUGGCUGGGGGAUAACAUGAAUCAUGUCGCCACGAAUGAUAACGGUGUGUACGGCGGCAGCAAUGGUGUGUACGGCGGCAGCAAUGGUGGGUACGGCGGUAGCAAUGGUGGGUACGGAGGCAGUAACGGAGGGUACGGAGGCAGUAACGGUGGGUACGGAGGCAGUAACGGUGGGUACGGCGGGAACAGCGGGAACAGCCACAACAAUUUUGGAGGCAAUAACUAUGGCUACUCGGCGGGAAAUUACGGCUACGCUAGUGGAAAUUACGACUACGCGGGGGGGAGCUUCAACUACGGAGGUCACAACUAUAACGGUGGAAACUAUGCGAGCGGUACGUACGCCAGCGGAAACUACGCCAGCGGAAACUACACCAGCGGAAACUACACCAGCGGAAACUACAACUACGAAGCGAAUAAUAACGCGCCCUUCACAGCCAAGGGAAACCACUUCGCUGGAAAUAGCAACCAAGAAAAAGGCGCAGGAAACAAAAGCUUCUUUCAAAACAUGGCGUCCGGGUCUUAUACGCAGAGUUUCAAGGGUGGAGUCCCCCCCCAUUGCGAGCCUCAAAAUUUGCCCAACGUGGCGGACGGGUACCACACAAAAAACAGAAACAAGAGAGGUAAUAUGAACAAUAAAAAAAAGGGCUACAAAUUUGCUAAGGACGAAAAGAUUAGGGGUUUGCUGCGCACAGCAACGAAUGAAGACGAUUUGGUGAAGGCCAUCGGCUUUGCUAAGAAUGCAGGUCUCCAUUUUGAGGCCAAAUUGGGCAGCAAAAAGCUUAACAAGCUCAAGUUAGAGGGGGAAGACGGGGCGCCUUCGGAGGUUUGA